GAAGGUUAGAGUAAAAGUUUAAAAAGUUGUUUUUAUUAGAGUUUCCAAUCCAAUCUGGUUUAGCGUCUAGCUUUGCUAACUUGAGUUUCUUGUUUGACUUUAGUUAACCUUGACAGGGAUGGAAAAAAGUGAUGGAUUUAAUGAGGUUUAUUUAUGUCUGGAUAGAUUUUGUUUUAUUAGGAGAUAAUCAAAUUUAGCUGUGUCAGAUGACCUACGGACUUUAAAAGUGUGUGACCUUUUAAAAUCCUAAACGCAGAAUACUGUGGCCAAUGUGGAAAUUAUAUUGCACUCCUGGAAUAAAGAAACAGGUUUUAGGAGUACUUCAGUAAGAAGUACACAUAAGAAUCGAACAAACAAUUACGUCCCAAUAUCGGAACUCAUAUUCACGUCCAACAGCAGAAGGAUCAUCAUUGCGUCACAUUUCGUCCUAGGGGACACAACAAACGCCAAACCAAACGCUACCGUGCAAGAGCUUGAUUGGAAUAAGUUGGUUGAAAUCGAGUGUAAGCGUAUGCCCAUAUUUUACACGUAUGUUUCACUACCGCUCUUCCUUCCUGGUUUUGUUGUUCAAGUGACUUUCGAGCCAAGCUUGAUGCGUAUCAUCAUCGCUUCGUGCGUCUCUCUCUCUCUGCUCCCUCCAAAAGUUAUCCAACCAGACAGCACAACUUCAACCCCACUUCAAUCUCACUUUCCCGUCGGCUAAAACCCACUCCGACCUCAUCCACUAGUUCAGUCCGAGCCUGGAGCAGAGCCAGUCAACACCGGAAAAAUUUUCUCUGAAAACUAAAAGCGAGUCUCAACUUGAACACGCUGACACAAAGGUGAAACUUGCUGUUGGAAGGUUAACUACAAAUGCGCUACCAAAUAAAUUUGGAAAUAUACUUUAAUUUCAAUAACAAAAUACUGGCAGAAAUGGCGAUUCCACUUUAUAACAGUAACGACCAAGAGUCUGACCAAAGAGAAGGAGAGCAAGUUGCAAAAAGUGAAAGUGAACCAAGUUUUUUGGGGCGAUUUGUGCAAGAAUUGGUGGAAAGUUAUUAUGGGGAAGUAACCUGCAAUUGUAGUGGGUGUAGCAACGGAGAAAGUGGAAGUAGUGGGGGGAGCAGGAGAACAAGUGCAAAUCGGGAGAGAAGAAUGAGACGGGCAGGCAAAUUACCAUCCACCUCUGACCCCCCACCUCUACCGCUCCCUGAUCUCGUUGCUGAUCACGAACAAUCAAUUCGCAGACCAAGACCAGGACUCUCUUCUCAUCAACCAGACCAAGGAAAUAACGAGCUUUGCAAUGCAAUCCAAGUGCCAAGACAGCAGUUCAGAGCGGAUUCGUCAGACGCUGACAGUGACCCAUCCGGCCUUUCUCUUGAUCUCAAGCUCAGUAUCGACUAUAAUUACAGAAAGAUUGGGCAGGGGUUGAGACAAAUAGCGGAUCAAUUUCAGCAUGAUAGGUCACAAAAUCAGUCCCGUCGUCGUCGUCGACAUCCGGCCGGCAACCAGUACCAAACUACAACGUCCUCCCCAGAUGACGAAAUCAGCAUAACCUUCGAAUUUGCGCUGAAAAUCACAAUUCCCCUGACACUCUUGGGACUCAGUUUGGCCUUUAUAAGAAGAAACUGUGCCUAAUAGAUCAUUAUCCUAUUCAUGCAAACUAAAUAUAUAGUGUUCUAGUGUUUUCUUGUUGUAUGUGAUUGAUCUACUAGUUUCCGCUUAGUUUGUGCCAAUUUAGCUCAAGUCAUGAAAUAUUUGGUUGUAAAUCAAAGAUCUCAAAUUCUUUGGCAUAAGUUUAAGAGUUCAGUGCAUUAGUUACCCUUUAUUUUAUUCAACAUCUCAUACUCCUUACUAUAUCUGUAUGAGAAGCUCGUCUUUCAUUGAACCAGCAAUACAUUUAAGCAAUCAAUUUAUGUAAAAAUAUGUACAUUUUAAGUAAAUAAUUGUACUGUAUUCAUCAUGACAUCCAAGUGGUCUUUCAAAAUUAUUGUAAAUUUUGUAAUGUCUGAAAUAAAAUAAUUUACAAUUGA